CACCUCUUCCCUCGACGCGAUGUCCCAGAAAAAGCAGCCCACGCCCCAGCCCCCCAUGGGCUGCGGGAAGUCCGGCGGCGGCGGCGGCGGCUGCGGCGGCUUCUCUAGCGGCGGCGGCGGCGGCUGCGGAGGCGGCGGCUCCGGCGGCGGCGGCGGCGGCGGCUGUGGCGGCGGCGGCGGCGGCGGCUCCGGGGGCUGCGGCGGCGGCGGCGGCGGCUCCGGCGGGGGCGUCAAGUACCCCGGCGGCGGCGGCGGCGGCUGCGGGGGCGGCUCCGGCGGGGGCGUCAAGUACUGCGGCGGCGGCGGCUCCUCGGGCGGCAGCGGAGGCGGCUCCGGCUGCGGCGGCGGCGGCUACUCCGGCGGCGGCGGCGGCUCCGGCUGCGGCGGCGGCUACUCCGGCGGCGGCGGCGGCUCCGGCUGCGGCGGCGGCUACUCCGGCGGCGGCGGCGGCUGCGGCGGCGGCUCCAGCCAGCAGGUCUCGUGCCAGAGCUACGGCGGCGGCGGCUCCUCCGGCGGCUGCGGCGGCGGCUCCGGCGGCUUCUCCGGGGGCUGCGGCGGCGGCUCCUCCGGCGGCUCCUCCGGCGGCGGCGGCGGCGGCUGCGGCGGGGGCGGCUCGGGCUACUCCUCCCAGCAGACCACCCAGACCUCGUGCGCUCCGAGCUACGGCGGCGGCUCCUCAGGCGGCGGCGGCGGCGGCGGCUCCGGUUGUGGCGGCGGCUCCGGGGGCGGCUCCGGCUGUGGCGGCGGCUCCGGGGGCGGCUCCGGCUGUGGCGGCGGCUCCGGGGGCGGCUCCGGCUGUGGCGGCGGCUCCGGCGGCGGCUCCGGGGGCGGCUCCGGGGGCGGCAAGGGCGUCCCGCUCUGCCACCAGACCCAGCAGAAGCAGGCGCCCUCCUGGCCCUGCAAGUAA